AUGGAUUCCAGAACAGAUGCCUUAAUCGCUUUUGUGUCCAACAGUGCUGCACAGAGCCACCUUGCUUCUGAUCUGCAACGACAAUUGAUUUUGUUUGGGAAUAUUUUGAGGUCCCCUGCUGACCACCUGCUGCGACUCCUGGAACUUUACAACCGACAACGGAUCCGACAACUGAUCGCUGUGAACAUCUUAAGUUGGAGCUCACGGCGCAAGCCCGACGGCGUAACCGACCUGGCUGGAAACGUUGACCCAACUCUUGUCCACGCGCCCCGGCGUAUCGAGUCUGACUCGUAUUUGCAGACUGGCGACGAUGCAAUCGCCGUGAAGAGCGGAUGGGAUUGUUUCGGGCGUGACCUGGCAGUUGCAUCCGAGAACAUCACCAUCCGUCGCGUCACAGUGAGGCAAACAAGGGGUUGCAAUGCCGCUGCCUUCACCAUCGGUUCAGAGAUGUCUGGGGGCGUCCAGGAUGUGACCAUCGAAGAUUGUCAGGUGCUCAAUGCCGGCGUGGCGGUCGAAAUUAAGGCGUUUCACUCGCGGUGGUGCGGUGGUUGUUACGGGUUGACCGCCGAGAAUGGGGGUGGGCUCAUCCCGGGGGGGCUUCGUGCGACGGAUUCAGGUCCGGAAGUUGGAGGUGUUGGCCACUGCGCGUGGAGCACUGGUUGUGAUGGCUUCGUACCCCGAGAACAAUCCCUUCUGCCGAGGGAAAACACAGCCCGCACCAGCUGUGUCGGACAUCAGCUUCGAAGAAGUGACGGUCCAUGGACCCACCCAAGGAGCCUUGGUUCAGUUCCAGGGGUCUCCAGAGGUCUUCAUGAGGAACUUGACGGUGCGGCAGCUGCUGGCGAAGCAGGGAGCCUGGCAGGGGACCUGGGACCCGGUACCAGGGUCAAUCUGGCCCGGUGA